AUGGCCUCCGACGAAGUCACCAGCUCGGAGCACGUCCGCCCCACGACGGCCCCAGGCAAGAAGUCCUUCCAGGAAGUCGAGCGCUCAAUCUCCCAUGAGAAGGCCGACCAGCAGCGCCUCGAGAAUGUCGACAAUGAGCUGUCCAAGUACGUCGGCGACGGCUCCGUCACCGUCACCCGGGAACGCAGCGACGAGCUGCGCAAGAUGAUCGACCGCCGCGUCCUCGUCAUCAUGAUUGGCACCUACUUCCUCCAGGCUAUCGACAAGGGCACCAUGUCCUUCGCCUCCAUCAUGGGCCUCCAAGAGGACACCAACCUCAAGGGCCAGGAGUUCUCCUGGCUAACCACCUGUAUCUACAUCGCCAUCCUGUUCGUCGAGUACCCCCAGAACUACAUCAUCGCCCGCGUCCCCAUCGCGAAGUACCUCAGCUUCUCCAUCAUUGCUUGGGGUGCCGUACUGGCCUGCCACGCCGCCUGCUCCAACUUCGUCGGCCUUGUCGCCGUCCGCACCCUCCUCGGUAUCUUCGAGUCGGCCUGCCAGCCCGCCUUCGUCAUCCUCUCGUCCAUGUGGUACCGUCGCGAGGAACAGGCAUCUCGUGUUACCUACUGGUACAUGAUGAACGGAGCCCAGCAGGUCGUCGGCGGUCUGCUCGCCUACUGCUUCACCCACAUCAAGAGUGGCCCUCUCAAGUCCUGGCAGUGGCUUUUCCUGGCAUACGGCGUCAUCUCCGUCAUCUUCGGCGUCUUCGUCCUGUUCUGGAUGCCCGACUCCCCCAUGCGUGCCAAGUGCUUCUCCGAAGAUGUUAAGCGCGAGAUGGUCGAGCGUGUCCGCGAUAACCAGACCGGUAUCCAGAACAAGAACUUCAAGCGCGAGCAGGCUAUCGAGGCUCUCAUGGACCCCCAGGUCUGGGGAUACUCCCUUAUCGCCCUGUGCACCACCUUGCCCACUUCCGGUCUGGGUGCCUUCGCCAACAUCAUCAUCAAGAGCUUCGGCUUCAACACCCUCGAGGUGCAGCUGCUCGCCAUGGUUCUCGGAUUCUACAUUAUCUUCGUCCUCCUCGGCUCCGUCUGGCUGGUCAAGAAGUUCAACCAGAACCUCUACGUCAUGCUCGGCUUCUGUGUCCCCUCCGUCAUCGGCACCGUCCUUCUCAUGACUGUCCCCAACAACACCUUCUCCCAGCGUGUUGGUCUGCUCAUCUGCUACUACAUCACUCUGUCCUUCUGGUCCGCCCAGACCCUCGCCCUGUCGCUUAUCUCCCGAAACAUCGCCGGCCAGACCAAGAAGCAGUUUGCCGUCGCCAUCAACUUCAUCGUCUGGGCUGCUGGUAACGCCAUCGGCCCCCAGGUCUUCCUCAAGUGGGACGGCCCGCGCUACUUCAUCGCCUUCGCCACUCACCUGGGCUGCUACGCGCUGCUUAUCGUCAUCAUCAUCAGCCUCCGCAUCUACCUCGCCCGCGAGAACAAGAAGAGAGACGACAUGGUCGCUGCGGGUAUUGUGGAGGCGUCUCCCGAAUACACCGCCCACUCCUUCGAGGACAUGACGGACAAGGAGAAUCUGUCGUUCCGCUAUGUGUUCUAG